CACAUUGAUUAUUUUCAAGGAGUGGUAGUGAUUUAUAAGGCCAACUUAACCAUAUUAAUUAAAUUGGUUUAACCUGGGCCUAAAUGACGGUAUUUUGGGCUUCAUACCAGGUACCUCAACACACACUACUUGACCCACAAAACACCCAUCCGUCACACAAGAGGGGUCAAGUGUCAAGCGUGUUGACACCCUUCAACAUCAACCACCCAAGUGGGCACCCUAUCAUACUUAGCCAAAAUUUCGCCCCACCAGCCGCCUACCUACCUCGUGGGUAAUUACCCCUAGAUAUGAUGGGUAGUUAUGGCAAUGGGGCGGGGCGGAGCGGGUACCUCAAUUCCCAUGCCCCGUCCCAUGCUACUACGAGUCGGGGCGGGUAAAAUCCGCGCGGGUACGGGGCGGGGCGGGUCGACCCACUCUUACAAAGGUCCAUGUUUUUAUUACACUUCUGUAUUUUGUCUGAACUAAACAACACAUACAAUUUAAUAUUAAUGUUUGAAUCAAUACUACUUGAGGUCCAAUUUCCAAACUAAUAUCUUUCUAUAAAAUAUAAAUAACUUAAGAUAAAAUAUAAAUAUAGAAGCAUCAUCACCAAACAUAUUCCUAGAGUUCAAUAAAAGAAAUAACAAUAAAUAAAAUGUAGGUUGGUUGGUUACAAUGCUCUUUCCUCAUUCAAGUGACCAAGAUUCAAACUCCAAUGAUAACAUUUUUAAUAUAUGAACAUGAACUGGGUGCAAUGACAAAAAUGACCUUCAUAGAAUCACUCUCAGUCCAUGAAAUUUGAAAUAGGAGAAUUCCAACCCAUGUUUUGCCUCUAUGUAUUUUGUAGAUGUUGUGCAUUACUAUUUACUACACAUGCUAUCAUUAUUUUCCCGAUUGAUUGUCUUCUUGCACCAUACAUGUGUUGGUUUACUAAUGAUGGCGAAUCGUGAUUGCAACACCCUUAAUGCUCUCUCAGAAUCUUUUGUGGCAACAAGAUUGACUUAAGAAAGGUUGCACAGCUUGGAUAGAUUCCACCAGUGAGGUAGGAGCCCAAGUUGUAAUUUGUUUUCAUUGACGUAAUAGUUAGCUUUUGUUGCUCUCCCUUCUAACACUUCAUGGGAAACUGGAGAGCGAUUUAAUAUGUCGAUGUAUAUGAACCGUGUAUGAUUUCUUUCUAGCUUUGUGAAUGAAUCUUCAAUCAAUAACUAUACAUCUUUGUAUUAGUUUUCACAUUAUCCAAAUCGAUAUAAUUAAAAUAUAAUUUAUGAUUUUUAAUUUAUUAACAACUUAAAUAAUUACAACUGCAAGACUUAUUAAGUUUAGCCAUUCACGUGUAAAAUGUAAAUAAAAAAAAGGUAGACAGAAAAAAAAAAUUGGGUGCAUAAAUGAAACACGUGGAUCCUAAUCCCAAGAAGAAAUUGCUUAUUUGGCAACAUUUCUAAAUAAGAAAGAAAGUCCUACAUUCAUACAGGUGCUUAAGCCCAAUGCCACGAAAUUUCAAAUACGCAACGGUGGUGCUCUUAGGACGACUGUGGACGGUCGGAGAGUCAUAUUUUAGCAAUUUAGUUAGGAUAAGAUAAACCGUACGUAUCCCUCUCUCUCUAGAUCUCGCUAGCGAGACCUCUUAUUCUCUUUCUCUCUCUAUAUAUACUCGAAAUUUCAAAUCCACAACACCUCGAUCGGACACAGCCUUCUGUGCGCUGCAGUAAUCAAGCUACUAUAUGUGCAUGCAAUAUGCUGCAGCAGCCAAAAUCCAACACUGCCCGCCGGGGUGGUAACAACUGCAGCAACCAUCGUCGCCGGCGGUGGCGCCACGACGUGUUCAUAAGCUUCCGGGGCUCCGACGUCCGAGACACGUUCGUGGCCCAUCUCCGCCCCGCGCUCCGCAGAGAAGGCGUCACGUCGUUCGCCGAUGACGACCCUCGCGACCUGCCGCGCGGCGAGAAUCUGAAGGAAGCGAUUCCGCGCGCUAUCGAGCGGUCGAGGUUCUCGGUGGUGGUUCUGUCACGGAACUACGCCUCGUCGGAGUGGUGCUUGGACGAGCUCGUCGCCAUUAUGAGGUGUUGUAAUACUACUGGUGUGGUGGGCUGCCACGUGGCUAUCCCGAUCUUCUACCAUCUGUCACCGGAGGAUGUCUCCGGCUGCUACGAGGAGGACAUGGAUCGACACAAGCGUAGGUUUACUUACGAGAGAGUCGACGGCUGGAUUCGGGCGCUUGCUUGGAUCGCCGGUAUAGCCGGUUGGGUCGUUCCGGCACCUGCAAGCCAGUAAGUGAUAAUAAAGCAUGUUGAAGAAAAAGGAAAACUCUAGUAACUUCUCACUUGCAUUAUUUUAAAUAGUCAAGUUUGGCACUGUGUGCCGAAGAUUACAAAUAUAAAACACUAAGGUUUAAAACUGACAAUAAAAUUAAACUUGAUGAUGAUUGGAGGUGGUAAUUUCAAUCCAUUCUUGUAUAAUAUGGAUUCAAAUGGUAAAUUAUGAUUUAGUAUCUAUACUUUUUAUAUUUAGUAUUUUGAUAUCUAAAAUUUAUUUUUAAUAUAAAUAUGUAUACUUAGUACCUAAAUUUUUCAAAAUUUACAUAUUGGUCUAAGACUUGAAUUUCAUUUGAGUUCUUGGAUUAAUCCACCAAUCCAUUGAUCUACCAAUUCAAUCCACAAAUACAUAAAUCAAAUCCAUUUUUCAUCUAUAAUGAUAAUAAUUUUCUCUAACGGACAUCGAUCCACUUAGUUCUUAUUUUUAUUUAUUUUUGUGAUCACGAGUUCAAGUCUUGAAUUGAUCUUUCAACAUCUCCUGUUAUGCUGAUUUUCCAUAGGUUUGUGGAGAGAAUUGCUAGAGCCAUGGGCCGGAAUGUGCAGGAGCUUGAUCAUGUGGAGAGAGCUACUCCGGCGAGUGACAAAAGAAAAAACAUGAAUCUUCGCAUUGUAACAGUUUGGGGUAGCAAUGGUGUAAAACCUGAUCGCCGGAGAAAUACGAGUUGUCGACGAUACAAUGUUUUUAUGGAUGAUCGUCGGCAAAACGCAAGGCCGCCGCAUCAUCGUCGCUGUCUAUGGGCACAAGUAAAGGUGCUGCUUUUGUCCGUGCUUUGGCUGCAAAAGCGAGAGAAUGAUCUAUAGCACUCAACGACGUGGUCUAAUCUACCCAUAAUAUAAUACACCGAAGGGAAAAACGGGAGCCCCAUUUCAAAUUUUCUGCAACGAGAGUAAAAGUAGGAAGGACAUUUUGGUCUUCACAAUUACUUUUUUUUAUUCAUUAAAAAGACACGUACUGGGAUUCGAACCAUGUCCAUUUUAAAGAAAAGUAAGGAACAUAACCAAUCACACUAAGUACAUUUGUUGUAUCCUUUUAAAUCAAAAACAUAUAAUAGUAGGGAGGAAAAACCCCUUCCCCCCAUUUCAAAUUCCUUGCUCCAUGAGCGUUUGUAUGAAGGGUAGAAUAGGUAGUGUUAAUUUUUUUCUCUUUCCUCUGUGGAACGGGCCAACUUACCGUACACAUGCCGAUUUAAACGGGUUCAAGAGUGUCAAUUUUUUUCUUUAAGCCCUUGUAUUUCUCCGUGGUGAUAAAAUAUAUAUGAAAAGGCAAAAACAAUACUUCUUUUUAUGCUAAAAAUAAAAAAAUUUAACAAUAAACUAAUGCAUGGUAUCUAAAGGGCUAACCGCUAACCAUAAAAUAAAAGAGUUGAAUGGGCCUGACCUACACCGGAUUUGGCCAUCAAGUAAAACAAAUGAACAUCAUUGGUUUGACAUUCUAAAACAAGCUAUUUUCUCUAGCAUAAUAUAUAUUAUUAUAUUAUUUUAUAUUUUAGUGGCUAAAAUAUAAUGUAGUUUAAAAUUAUUCAAUGGUUCAAUCUCGACCAACCCAAUUAGUCCAAUUUUUAUCAUUUCAAAUAUAUAUUAUAUAAUUAUUUGAUAUCAUAAUGAUAAAAUCAUAGUGUAUUUUAUAGGGAAUCGUUUGGUAUUUGUUAGUAAAAAACUAAACAGAAAGAUCUAUUUGGUUAUUUUAAACAUUAAAACGAUCCUAAACAU